AUGGGCGUUCUGGACGAGAAUGCCGAUGCAGCGUCCUCAUUCCAUGAGGGUUCCUGGAAGGAGAGCGAACUCACGAAAGCAAGAAUAUGGCUACAGACAAUCCAAGAUGCCUUUGAGACAGCUAAGAGAAAGUGUGAGCAGUUCAAGGGACUGAACAUGGAUAAUGAGGACAAGAAACAGGAUUUGGAGGUCCUAGAUGCAACUCAGGAACUUGAGAACUCCGGCAGGCCCUUGAAAGGACUCAUCGAUAGGAUGCGCACAAUUACCACCAAGCGACGCAGAAGACUCCGUGAGAUGGUCGCCCAAACGCGAUGGGCGCUAUACCGCAAGACCGACUUUAACAACCUCAUCGGCUCAAUUUGUGAGGCUGUGGAUACCCUUGUCAAGCUGUUCCCAUUGAUCCAGCCGCAAUACAAUGCCUUGUGCAGAGGAGGCGGGCCAUUUUAA